AUGAGCAAAUUGUAUGUCGGUAACCUCCCGAUUGACUCUGGCGAAUCCGCUUUGCGACAACUCUCGGAUCACAAUCUUUCAUGUUCUGAAGUGUUGGUCAAACGUGGAGGAUAUGCAUUUGUCGAUUGUCCAGAUCAAUCUGCAGAUAGAGCUAUUGAUAAAUUGAACGGCCAUUUUUAUAUGGGCAGCAUAUUAGUAGUAGAGCCUUCGGUAGCUACCUCGUCUUCUGGGAAGAAACGGUAA